ACUUGUAAUUAAAACUCAAUUGGUUGGAUCUCUCCAUAAAAACUUUGUGAAUGAUUCAAUAAGCGGUGGAAAUGACAUCUCAAAUGAAUGGAAUAAGAUGUUUAUGUUUUUGGAUUGCUGUGCGGUAAAUCCCGUGGAAUCAACUACAAAUGAUUUUGACACGACCCCUUGGUGCACUACCAAAGGAGAAUGUCAGUCGACAAAUGCUGAGAUCCCCAAGGCUUGCUGUGUUGGAGUCACUGAAACUAAUUAUACUUCUGCACCAUCUUCAUGUUACGCAGAUGUUCAAUCUGGAACGUAUAACAAAAAGGGGUGUUUUCAAGCUUUGAAAGAACUGGAGGAGGAACUGGAGGAAAAAAAUACAGCUCAUACUACUACUGUCCUUGUACUUGAGAUUAUACUUUUUGUAUUGGAGGUUUCACAAGUGAUUCUUGUAAUUUCAAUAUGCAGAUCAUCCAAUGAGGCCUAAGAAGUGUGAUGGGUAUUAUUGACAUGAAUAUGUUAUCCAUUCUUUUUUCUUAGCUUGAAAGAGAUUUAAAUAGAUUUUGCUUAAAUUGCUACAGCACAUUAAUCAUAAAAUCUUUGUUAGGACCGUUUUCAUCUGAAGUUUACGCUUGAUAGAUGGUUGUCAGGGGCCAAAUUAAUGUUCAACUAUCAAGUAUUAGUUAAUGUUUUGUGAUUUGGAAUUUUAAAGAAAGAAAAUACAUAAAAAAAAACCAUAAACCACAAUUUGAUUACCAGCACUAAAACAAUUUUUAUGGGUAAUUGAAGUUCACUCUAGUUUAAUUUACUAUGGUAACUAUGGUUAAGUAUACUAACUAUCAUACUGUGCAAUAAA